UAAUUUUCUAAGCAAAGGAAUAGAUGUGCACUAUGCUCUCACGGGAGCAUAGCACACGCGGUGAACAAAAGGGGUAAAAACAUGUACAUCAAGAACAAAAACCCUGCUCGUCCCAUCCACUGAACUGCAAUAGCCCAACGGCACACGCUCUCUCUCUCUAAAUGCUCUCGCCUCUUUGUUCCCAUUUUCUUUAAAAAAACACCUCCAUAAACGGCUAUUUUUGUUGGUCUUCUCUGAAAACGAGCCUCUUUCUCUCACACACACAAACGGCUAUUUCCCAGAUCGAUGGAAAUGAAGCAUCAAGGCAUUCUCUUCUUCGUCCUCUUUCUGUCUUCCUCCUGCAACUCAGUUUGUUUUGGGAAAAACAAACCCUUGAUCUCAGUUACCAUCACUAAUCACAAGAUCUUAGAGAAUGGAAAAAGAAAGUUGUUGGGGGCUGACGAUGAUGCGACGACAGGUGGUGGUGGUGGUGGUGGUAAUAUAGAGCUGUGGUGCGUGGCGAAGAACAACGUGGGGGAUGGGGCUCUGCAAUCGGCUCUGGAUUGGGCUUGCGGGGCAGGGGGUGCAGACUGUGGGGCUAUCCAGCAAGGUGGUCCAUGUUUUGAGCCCAAUAAUGUUCAGGCCCACGCCUCUUACUCCUUCAAUGACUACUUUCUGAAGCAUGGGAUGAGCACCGAUAGCUGCGACUUUAGCAACACUGCCGCUCUCACCUCCUUGAAUCCAAGUUCCGGGAGCUGUGAUUUCCCAUCAAGUCUAUCAGCGAAAAAUGGGAGCUUUUCAGGAGGAAGCUCAAGUGGGAUGGAACCUGCGGGCCUAGGCUUGAACGGAAGCUCACUUCAAAGGGACCUUGCUCCGUUGACCUUUCUCUCUCUUUCACUAACUCUCCCCCUUUUACUCUUCUUCCCCAAAUAACAAAACAUGCAUGUAAUGGUGAUUUUGCAUUUGUGGCAGCAAAAGUAAACAACAUUUUUGUCCCAAAGCCAUCAACAAGGAGCAAAAU